CAGUCGACAGCCCCAGCAGCACCACACAGCACCUCCCCCAUGGAGACGGCACAGCAGUCGCCCGCGCCCGGCUCGCUGAGCUGGAAGCUCAGCAGCCACCCCAUCACGCUCCUGACCUUCCUGUUCUUCCGCAUCUCCUCCCUCCUCGUCUACAUCCUCGGACUGCGCCUCCUAACCUCCAACUUCGUCAUGAUCUUCAUCAUCACCAUCCUCUUACUCGCCGUCGACUUCUAUUACCUGAAGAACAUCGCAGGACGGCGCCUCGUGGGUCUGCGGUGGUGGAACGAAGUCGACAGCGCGACCGGCGAUGGACGGUGGGUGUUCGAGUCCGCAGACCCGGAGACGAGGGAGUUAAAUGCGACGGACAAGCGGUUCUUCUGGAUUGCGCUGUACGCGCAGCCUGUGCUGUGGAUUCUGCUGGCGAUUUUGGCGCUGGUGAGCUUGGAGUUUAUUUGGUUGACGCUUGUUGUUAUUGCGCUGGUUCUGACGAUUACGAAUACGCUUGCGUUCUCGAGGUGCGACAAGUUCGGCCAGGCGAGUGGCUUUGCCUCGAACGCAAUUUAUGGCUCGGGUCUGGCGCGCAAUUUGGCUGGAGGGGUCAUUGGGGGCUUGUUCAGAAGAUGAUUUGGAGGAGGAUGGCACGACAAAAGUGAGCGUUGAGCGCUGUAAGAGUAGGCAUGGUGUCUGGAGUUCCAGGGUCACAGCAUGAUAGACUGAUAUUCUAUGAGACUGCGAUCAAUUUCAGCGUUGCGUUGAUUCAUGCUCCUUACAGAAUAGCGCUUCUACUAUCGUGCGCACCUUGUAGUAUUUGCUCUUACUAGCUGUCCUCGUUGACAAUAACAUCUACGCAUUGUUGGAUCCGACACUGAAACCUUGGACUCCGUCCAAAUGGCGCCCGG